AUCAUCAAUGGAGAUUCCCACCGGUUUCUUGGUUGUUUCUCUUCUGCUCUCUUGCUUUGCAGCGACUAGCUAUUGUGUGACUUUCACCAGCCUUAAAGAGACUCUUUCAGUUACCACUACCACAAAAAACCAAGUUCUGAAAGCAGGGGAUGAACAAAUUACAGUCACAUGGGGAUUCAACAAGACCUACCCAGCUGGGACGGACUCGGACUACAAGACAGUAAAAGUCAAACUUUGCUUUGCCCCCAUUAGCCAAAAGGACCGGAAAUGGAGGAAAACAGUGGACCUUCUGAAAAAGGACAAGACCUGUUUACAAAAGAUUACAGCUGAGCCAUACCGUGCUUCAAACAACUCAUUCACAUGGACCAUAGAGAAAGACGUACCAACUGGUACAUAUUUUGUGAGGGUCUAUGCAUUCAACGCUCUGGGAGAGGAGGUAGCCUAUGGCCAAAGCACAAAUGCUAAGAAAGCUACCAACUUGUUUGAGAUUCAAGCAAUCACAGGACGUAGUGUGUCUCUUGAUAUUGCAUCUAUCUGCUUUUCUGCUUUCUCCGUUGUCGCAUUGGCUGGUUUCUUUUACAUGGAGAAGAGGAGCGCAAAGUCAUCUGCACAGAAAUGAGACUGUCAAACAGGUGUAAUUUGGUACUUAACGUUCUAAUGCAGAAAGAAAAAGAAUCGUAAGUUGUUUUUACUAUAGUGGUGUGCUGCAUAACUCAUUACUGAUCACUUACAGGUGACUAUACGGGGAUCAUGAUAAAUAAAAAGAUUAUUGUAACAGAUGAUGAGUUAUUCACGUUUUUUGUUUUCCUUCAAAAAGAUAGAAAGAAGCUCUCUUCAUUGUUUUAAA